AUGUGGUGGUGGUUCUACUUCCCGGCCCUGCUGAGCACCCUCUCCCUGAUCAUCUCCCUGCCCCAUGCCGCCGGCGCGCCGGGCCGGCCGCUUGCCCACAGGGUGAAUGCCGUGUCGAGCCAGGUCCUCAGCGGAGACACCUUCGACCUGGACGACGGGACCCUGCUCUUCGCGCGGGUGUGGAUCUUCGUGGCCCUGUUCCUGAGCUUCGCCGGGCUGUUCGGCUCGGCGUGGAUCAUGAUUCAGCGGUACUUUGUUCCGAACAAGGACGGUCUGCUGCCCCUGCACAAGUGGCCGGGCGUCUCGUUGCUGGUCAACACCUUCCUCAUCUUCCUGUCGUCCAUGCUGAUGCGCUUCGGCCGUGCCCGGAGGGGGUCCUUCUGA